GAAAAACUCCUGCUGAGAUCCUAUUAUAAAGAUGGCGGUUAUUAAAGAGGAGAGUGAAGAUGUGAAGAUUGAAGACACUUUCAGAGUCAAACAAGAAGAUACUGAGGAACAAACAGACCGAAUGGCGUUGAAAGAGGAGAGUCAAGAACUGAACAAUACGGGAAAAGAGAAAGAUCAGCACGAGAAACAUUGUGAUUUCAGAACUGGAGAAAAAUCUGCAAAGACUGAAGAGACUUCCUCACAAAACAGAGCUCAGAAGACCAAAUCUAACAGUCAUUUCUCCUGCCAUCAGUGCGGAAAGAGUUUCAGUCACAAACGAAACCUUGAGGUCCACAUGAGAGUUCACACUGGAGAGAAGCCUUUCACCUGUCAACAGUGUGGAAAGUGUUUCACUCAAACUCAAAGCCUUAAAGUCCACAUGAGAGUUCACACCGGAGAGAUCUCGUUCACCUGUCAACAUUGUGGAAAGUGUUUCACUCAAAAACAAAACCUUAAAGUCCACACGAGGAUUCACACCGGAGAGAGCUCUUUCACAUGUCAACAGUGUGGAAAGAGCUUCACACAAAAGGGAAACCUUGAAGUCCACAUGAGGAUUCACACCGGAGAAAAGCCUUACACUUGCUCUCAGUGUGGACAGAGUUUCACACAUCAUAACACCCUUAGUUCCCACAUGAGAACUCACUCUGGAGUGAAGCCGUUCAUAUGUGAUCAAUGUGGAAAGAGCUUCACAACAGAGCUAAACCUGAGGUAUCACGUCAACAUUCAUACCGGAGAGAAACCAUUCACAUGUGAUCAUUGUGGAAAGAGUUUCACACGCAAGGUAACCCUCAAUUCCCACUUGAGGAUUCACUCUGGAGAGAACUGUUUUAUAUGUCAUCAAUGUGCAAAGAGCUUCAGUCAUAAAAGUAGCCUUAAUACUCACAUGCAACUUCACACCGGAGAGAAGCCUUUCACCUGCAAACUGUGUGGAAAGAGCUUCACGCAAAAAGGAAAUCUUAAGGCUCACGUGAAAACCUGCACAGGAGAGAAGCCGUGAAACAAGCUUCACAAGUAUAGAAACCCUUAAUUGCCACAGGAGGGUCCUAUUUUUGUUCUUGAUCAUGAGCAGAAUACACGCAUACCAAAUUUGAAACAGAAAUAAAAAUCAAC